GAUGAUGUAUAGAUGCUGGAAAGUCCUGCUAGGCACGGCUUUAUCUGCCCCUCCACCUCGAUAGUUGUACGAACUUGUGCUUCGAUAGCUUACAUCAAGCUACAUACACCUUACCAGCUCUUUGCCGUCACACGCACCAUCCCGCCAUGUCCAACCUACCAGCCGAUCUCAACACAUACCCCUGGUAUGUCGAAUCAUGGUCCUCCUACAGGACUGCCCACGAAACUGCCUUAUCCCUCACGGAAAUUUCUGAAGACGACUGGUCCACAACCCUGAAAAUCACAAUCCUCGCCACCAUGAGCGGUGUCGUGGCUCCAGAUGGUCACACUAUAACUGCUUCAGAAUAUUACGACGUCUCUGGUUGUCAAAUCUGGCUCACGUACUGGCCAGACCAGAUAUGGUAUCGCCGCGCUCCGAUUACGCAGUCAGAGUCGAGCAUCGAGACUAAGACUUUGAUACCGCCAGCAGAACUCCCGAGACCAACUUCCACGAGUGGAGGCGAGGAUCACACAGCUUCAGCGGCCGAUGUGACCACGAAUUCAGGCAGUUCAGACUCGGGGAGCAGCGCGAGUGGAAAACAAUCUGGAGGUAGCAGCCAAUCUACUGUAGCCGCAUCAGCCAACGAAAGCAGCAGUCCAAGUUUAGGAGGCGGUGCGAUCGCCGGAAUAGCUAUAGGCGGUAUACUCGUCCUCGCUCUCGUAAUCGGAGGAUGGUUUUUCUGGCGACGAAGACAGCGUGCAAAAGCAAGAGCUUCGGGGCCGAGCGACGAUGAACAGGGCAGGAGGGUCAUAAGCACUGGAGGGCCACCUCCACAGUACUCUCCGACAGAGAAACAACCGCACAUUCCAGAUCAUCAUCAAGAAAUGCCGGGGGAUAUAGUCAUGCCAGCGCAAGAGUUGGAUCCGGCUCAGUCCGCCAAAUACGCGACGCAUGCAGCACGGCAUUCUACGAGUAAAGCAUCGUAUCAAUACGAACCAGCGUAUGAGCUUCAUCCUGAUGGUAGUACGGCAGAGCUGCCACAUGGUGGAGAGGAAGAUAUUACGGCAGUACACCCUCACAGGCCUCAAACACCGGUAGCUCAGACCGCCGCUGGUGAGGAAGCCGGAACAAGGAGUGCUGCAGUAUCACCAAAUGUAGAGGCGCAAAGAAGACGCGAAAUGGAGUGGUUAGAUAUGGAGGAAGAGAGGAUACGGAAGAAGAGGGAGACGCUUUCUAUGCAAGUAGGCGGGAAGAAUUCAUAACGCCUUUGUGGUUUUGAUGCCAGUCUUGCUUAGUACACACUAUUCUAAUAUAAUUUCUAGUUCGAGCAAUUGGAACGCGAGAUCGUGAG